AUGCGUGUGUGGUGGACUCUGGCACUCGGACUGCUGAGUGAUCCAGCAAUCGCCGCCAGCUCCUCGGGUUCCGGCACCUCAGCGGCCAGUGGGACACUCAACACAUUGACAACAAGCUGCAACGGCGGCUGUAGUAAUAACGGAGCCUGUGUGGUCGUGGGUCAGUCCUCAACCAAUGCCAUCAACUGUGUAAACGACACCAGUUGCGUCACGUUAUCGUCGGGUCAAUCAGCGCUGUGCCUCGAUGCCUUCAGUUCAACAGCUACCGAGUGGAUCUUCCAGCCAUCCGAGAGUAACGACACUGCAGGUGUCGGUCCCUUUGAGCGUGUGGGGCUACUACAGUUGGACGAUCAUGUUACAGACCUGGCGUUCAGGAAGGCAGAGCAGGUAGAGGAUCCGCUCUCCGGGUCACUGCAACUGGCGUCCAUGAACGUCCAGCCGGCUGCUACAUUAGAGAAAGUGACCUUCCAGAACAUAAGUCUGUCCGGACUGGACAGCGCCUUGCCGCUCAACGGCGUCAAGAGAAUAUACGUCAACUACUGCUCACUCACUGGAAAUGCCAUCACCAAGGUGGACGCUGCCUUCCAAGAGAGGACUUUUACCAACCUUACCUUGCUUGAUUUAUCAUCGAAUGCUCUAACGGAGUUCGAUCUUGUACCUGAGAACUUCCCAGCCAUCACGACCUUAUAUCUGCAUGGCAACUCAUUGAAGACGGUCCCCGACGUGGUUUUCAGCCUGUCGACAUUGCAGUAUCUGACGCUAAUCGACAACCCUAUCAACGCGUCGGAUCUCACAGCACAGCAAUUCACGUUCCUCGCUAAUUUGCCGAUGUUCAGCAUUGACGGCAUUACCGAUACAAUCGCUUGCCCGACUGCUGCUGUGCAAAGUGCACUGAACGAUUCCUUCACAUUUUGCGUGGGAAACAACGAGACUUCUUUCAACUCAACCAUCACCCAGCAGCCAGCAACGACUGUACCUGCCAUUACUGGGGAUGAUUCAUCGUCGUCGUCAUCUAACAAGACUUGGAUCAUUCUAGGCGCGUGUUUGGGUGCUGUUGCGCUUCUACUGCUUAUCGGUCUCAUCUGGUGGUGUUGUAGUCGACGGAGAAAUGAGCAACCGAAGCUUAUGAACAGUGCCAUCCCAUCGAUUGCUAUUGGCAUGGGCGACAUGUCAGACCACCCGUACAUGGAGCUGGGAAUUCCAUGUUCUAACGCUUCCAGUCAGACGACGUCGGACUUCGAGCUGCUCGCGUCUGUGGCAGAUGGCUACAUUGGACUGACGAGAUUAUCGUACGACGACGUCUUCCUCCACAAGAUGCUGCGUGUUAGUAGUCGUUCUGAACUGUGGCUUGGCGAGUACAAGCAUGACGCUGUACUCGUCAAGAAGAUCAAGAGUAACACGGCAUCGAAAGCGCUAAUGCGGGACUUUGUGACGGAGAUAGAGCUCAUGUUUGAGCUCAAACACCCUCGAAUUGCUGCCUUCAGAGGUGCUAUGUGGGACGCUGAUGGCACGGAACUCUGCGCUGUGGUCGAGUACGUUGAAAAGGGCGCGCUGCGGGACUGCACGGUGAACAAUGCUAUCGAGUUGUCCGUGCCAAAGCAACACGCCAUUGCUCGACAGAUCUCGGAAGCCAUGGCGUUCCUGCACAAGCAAAACAUCGUCCACGGUCGGUUGAAUGCGUUCAACGUUUUACUGGACAAGGACUACUCUGCCAAGCUGAGUCUUUUCAGCAUCUUCCACUACGUCAAGCUGUCACCUCUAGACAACGAGUGUAAAAUAUUCGUGGCUCCGGAAAUUCUGCGUGGUGAGCAGCCAUCGGAGCGGUCUGACGUCUACGCAUUUGGCGUAGUUCUCGUGGAAAUCGACACAGGUGAGACGCCUGUGAUGAACGCUCGGAGGCUGUCAAUGGAGCGCGCAGGUCGCGAAGACGGGCUGUCCCCAACAGCGAAAAAGACGGGAUUCCGCUUGAGUCGCCAGUGCUCUGGAGUGCUGAAGGAAGUCAUUACGGCUUGUGUGGAGAAGGAUCCAGCACGACGACCAUCGAUGGCUGAGGUGGUGUUGGCGUUCAAGAAUGGGGCGAUGAAGUUGUAA